UCUGAGCUCUCUAAGUAAGCUUAAUUUGAGAAAAAUGAAAGUCAUUUCAACAAAGAAGUUUAUUCUAUUUGCUUUAGCUACAGUGGUCUUUCUAACAUCGAAUAGCAUUUGCCUAGAUGAACUGAUGAAGUCCAGUCUGCAGAGCAGAGAAAACGAUGAUGAUAAAUAUUACAAGAUUAAAGAUAAUAUCUUGGAAGAAAAGCAGAGGAGUCUCAAUUUUGAAGAAACGAAAGACUGGGGAUCAAAAAAUAGCAUUAAAAUGAACUCUCCUACAGUAAGCAAGUUGCCAAAUUCAGUUGCUAAUUUACCUCUUAGGUUUGGAAGAAAUUAUCCAGAAGAAAGAAGCAUUAAACCAAUUGCUAAUUUGCCUCUGAGAUUUGGGAGAGCUUUUGGAGACACCAUACCUAGGCAUGCUCCAAAGGUAUCACACAGGCUUGGGAGAUCUCCACAUGUUAAAAGUUCCAGUCAAUCACUUCUAAAUUUGCCACAGAGAUUUGGGAGAUCACUGCUUGUCAAUCUGUCUCAAGAUGUUCUCAAGGAAUCUCAACCAGGGAUAUGAAUUCUAACAGUUACGUUAAUACUGGAAUGAAAUAAUGAAGACAGAAAAUAAGAACUUGGAAAAGCUGCAAUGCAUUUUCAGUACUAAAGGUCAUGAAAAGGAAACACAUGAGAACUGAAAUGCAAACCUGUCUUCAUGUUAUGAAUAAUAUAUUUAUUAUGUAUAAACCCUUGAUGUAUAAGGCAAUGAUAAUUGUAGUGAUUGUUGUAGUAGUUUACUUCAGUGGCAAUGUAGUAUAAAUUCUAUUUACUUCUGUGUGACUUAUGUCCUGUUGGUUGAAAAACCCAGUUUCAGAACAAUGGCUGUAAUUGAAAGCAGUUUAAGCAAAAUUAAAAGCAGCAUAGUAUGAAUAAAGAAGCAUGGUACAAAUAAAAAGAAGCCUACAAUGUGAAUAACAAACAGAAGCAGCAUCAAAACUACCGGUACCUUUUGUGUCAUAUGCAGCUAAAUAAAAUAAAGU